AGGAGGGAGCUUCCAUCUUCUCUCUGCUUCUUCAUCCUCUUUUAAGAGCAAUUUAGACGUAGACUUAGAUCAGAUUCCGAACCCUAAUUCAUGAUUAGCUGACUGGAGAGAGAAAAGGGAAGAGUCUGUGAUAGUUUUGAUGCUGUUAGGUGGAUAUGAAAUGAAAAGUGUAAUUAACAUUUUUCCUCCUUUUUUUUGGUUUUGUUGCAUUUUUUUGCACUCUCACAGGAGACGUUUCGCCGAUGUCUUUCUCACGCGGAUGCAUUUGAGAUGAGAGGCGGAAAGCAAAUAUUGCACUUUUAUUUCUAAGCGCGAGAGAGAGAAAAAAAACGGCACAUCAUGCCUGCACGCGUGUGCGUUUUCCCGGAGAAUGGAAGCGCAUGACGGGAUUACUAUAUCCUCACACUUUUCCCGACACCCGGCUCAACUAAAUAGUGUCGCCUUUACCGAUCGGGCUAAUUGGAUUUUUAUAACCUCCACCUACUCAUCACAAAAAUAACAGCAAACUCGUGUGUCGACCGCGCGUCAAAAGGGGGGCCAAGUUACAUCUGUCUGUGAUGGUAAAAGGGCAGCCGCGGCUGUGGUCAGCGCGAUUUAGAGAGAAUACACCUUUAGACUAUCCCGUGUUGUACAAAUUAUCAGACAGAAACUGAGCAACUUCAGCGUUUUUCUGUAGGAUGUCGCGCCGCAAGCAAGCUAAACCAAGAUCACUGAAAGUAGAAGACAAUGUGACAGAGGACCAGCACAGUCCCGGGCAGACUGCCAUUCCAAGCGAUCCAGAGAGCGCCCUCGAGAGGGCGGCGGAGGAUGGUGAGACUGGGCGUCUGAGUAAGAGGCUGCUUUCUCCAGAGGAAGGAGAGGAGGGAGAGGAGGAGGACGAGGAGUCUGCGCUGCACAGCUGCGACAGCUGCCGGCAGGUGUUCGAGUCGCUGAGCGAUCUCACCGAACACAAGAUUAAUCAAUGCCAGCUGACAGAUGGUGCUGAUCUAGAAGAUGACCCGUCUUGUUCCUGGCCAGCAUCAUCUCCCUCCAGUAAGGACCAGACUUCUCCAGGACACUGCGAGGACUAUGACUUUGGCGAGGAGGAAGGGGGCCCUGGCCUACCAUACCCAUGCCAGUUCUGUGACAAGUCCUUCAGUCGCCUAAGUUUUCUCAAGCGCCACGAACAGAGUCACGGUGAUAAACUCCCAUUCAGCUGUACCUUUUGCAGCCGACUGUUUAAGCACAAGCGUAGCCGGGAUAGACACGUGAAGCUCCACACAGGUGACAAGAAGUACCACUGCGGAGAGUGUGACUCUGCCUUCUCCCGCAGUGAUCACCUCAAAAUCCACAUGAAAACUCACGCCUCCAACAAACCCCACAAGUGCCCUGUGUGCCGCCGAGGCUUUCUUUCCUCCAGCUCUCUCCAUGGCCACAUGCAAGUACACGAAAGGGGCAAAGACGGCAGCACCUCUAGAGCUGAGGAAUGGAAAGUGAAAGAAACACGCAAAUGCAGCCGUUGUGAGGAGGGCUUUGAUAUACCAGAGGAGCUCCAGCGGCACAUUGCCGAGUGCCACCCAGAGUGCUCUCCGUCAGAGGAUGGAGGAUUGGGUGCCACCCUGCAGUGCAUCUACUGCCAUGAGCCGUUCAGUGAUGAGGGCACCUUGCUGACCCACAUUGACCACGCCCACAGCCGAGACAGGAAGGGCCACACUUGUACUAUCUGCUCUGAACACUUUCUCUCUGUUGAAGACCUUUAUGCUCACAUGGACAUCCACCAGCUCCCUGAAUCAAGUAACCAUAGUAACAGUCCUUCAUUGCUAACAGUGGGAUACACCUCUGUUUCUAGCACCACUCCCGAUUCCAACCUCUCUGUUGACAGCUCCACAAUGGUGGAGACAGCACCGCCAGUGCCCAAGACAAGGGGGAGGAGAAAGAGAGCUGCUCAGAACACAUCUGACUUGGGAGGACGUUCCUCGAAACAGCCUAAAGUCUCCUACAGUUGCAUCUACUGUAACAAGCAAGUAUUCUCUAGUUUGGCGGUGCUUCAAAUUCACCUGCGGACUAUGCAUCUGGACAAGCCAGAGCAGGCUCAUACUUGCCAGUUUUGUUUGGAAGUCCUCCCCUCUUUAUUAAAUCUAAACGAACACCUCAAGCAGGUCCACAAUGCAGAAGAUCAUGCUGCCCUCUUAGCUAGCUUGCCUGAUGCCCUUCUUCAGUGCAACUUCUGCCCUGAGGUGCUGGGUGACCUCAAUGCACUCCAGGAACACAUCCGCUGCUCCCAUGGCUUUCCUAGUCCUGUGGCCAAAGAGAGCAAUGCCUUCUUCUGCCCCCAGUGCUUCAUGGGGUUUUUGACUGAGGCUACCUUGGAGGAGCAUGUUCGGCAGACUCACUGUGAUGGGGGAAGCUUGCGAUUUGACUCCCCUCUGGCUGUAACUCCCAAAGAGCCUAUUGUAGAAGUGUACUCCUGUUCAUACUGCACAAAUUCCCCCAUAUUCAACAGUGUUCUGAAACUCAACAAACACAUCAAGGAGAAUCACAAGAAUAUUCCACUCGCACUGAACUACAUCAACAAUGGAAAGAAAUCUCUGCGCACUCUCAGCCCUUCUUCUCCAAUAUCUGUGGAACCUACCAUGUUGAAACAUGGCAGCUCAGCUUCACGUACUUCUAGUGAGUUCAUAUGUAACCAGUGUGGAGCCAAGUAUACCAGUUUAGACCUUUUCCAGACUCACCUAAAAACUCACUUAGAUGGUCUGCAUCCUCAACUAACCUGCCCACAGUGUAACAAAGAGUUCCCCAACCAGGAGUCCCUGCUAAAGCAUGUGACAAUUCACUUUACAAUUACCUCCACUUAUUACAUAUGUGAGAGCUGUGACAAGCAAUUUACUUCAGUGGAUGACCUGCAGAAGCACCUGCUUGACAUGCAUACCUUUGUAUUUUUUCGUUGCACUCUGUGCCAAGAAGUGUUUGACUCAAAGGUGUCCACUCAGCUCCACCUUGCUGUAAAGCACAGCAAUGAGAAGAAAGUAUAUCGCUGUACGUCCUGCAACUGGGAUUUCAGGCAUGAGACUGACCUACAGCUACAUGUAAAACACAGCCAUCUGGAAAACCAGGGCCGUGCCCAUCGUUGCAUUUUUUGUGGAGAGUCCUUUGGCACAGAGGUGGAGCUGCAGUGCCACAUCACCACCCACAGCAAGAAGUAUAACUGUCGCUUUUGCAGUAAGGCUUUCCAUGCAAUUGUGCUGUUGGAGAAGCAUUUGAGAGAGAAACACUGUGUGUUUGAGGGAAAAACACAGAACUGCGGCGCUAAUGGCUCUUCUGUAAGUGGAGGUGAAGGUCAGCCUAAAGAGGAUGUUGAGCUACAAGGUCUUCUGACAAACAGCCAUGGCCCUGGGACAGUGGGCGGAUCUGUUGUGGAGUCCCACAACAGCCAUGAUGGAAGUGAGGAAGAGGUGGACACUGCAGAGCCCAUGUAUGGGUGUGACAUUUGUGGGGCAUCUUACACCAUGGAGUCACUCCUCACUAACCACCAGUUGAGAGAUCAUAAUAUUCGCCCUGGUGAGAGUGCCAUGAUGAAAAGGAAAGCUGAUAUGAUUAAGGGCAACCAUAAGUGCAAUGUCUGCUCCCGCACCUUCUUCUCUGAGGCUGGGCUGAGGGAACAUAUGCAGACCCACCUUGGGCCUGUCAAACACUACAUGUGUCCCAUCUGUGGGGAGCGCUUCCCUUCCUUACUCACCCUGACUGAGCACAAGGUGACCCAUAGCAAGAGUCUGGACACAGGAAGCUGCCGCAUUUGUAAGAUGCCUCUGCAAUGUGAGGAGGACUUUCUGGAGCACUGCCAGAUGCACCCUGACCUAAGGAACUCCCUGACAGGUUUCCGUUGUGUUGUUUGCAUGCAGACAGUCACCUCCACAUUGGAGCUAAAGAUCCAUGGUACAUUUCACAUGCAAAAAACAGGCACCAUGUCUGCCAACCCGCCCAUGGGCCGCAACAAUAUAAUCUCUCAUAACCAACACCAACAACAUCCACAGAAAAUUUUCAAGUGCGCCUCUUGUCUGAAAGAUUUCAGGUCCAAACAAGACCUUGUUAAGCUGGACAUCAACGGCCUGCCUUAUGGACUCUGUGCAUCAUGUGUGGCAGCAGCAGGUUCCAAAAGCUCAAGCCCAACAAUGAAUGGAGGAAGGCAACAACAGCAGGGCGGAUCCACGACUCCAGCACCAGCUAUGGGUGCACGGGUCCAGGGGGAGAGUCUCAGCCCCGGGGACGGGAAAGGCAAAGCUGUCUCUUCAUCGUCUUCAUCCUCUUCCACAUCCUCAUUGUCAGCUGGCAAGACACGGUGCUCCAGCUGCAAUGUGAAGUUUGAGUCAGAAGCUGAGUUGCAAAAUCAUGUCCAGACAGUGCAUCGAGAACAAGCUGGGGAUAGCAACAGUGGGCAGCUCAAGACACCCCAGGUGUCUCCCAUGCCUAGAGCCAGCCCCUCACAAAUCGAAGAGAAGAAGACAUACCAGUGCAUCAAAUGUCAGAUGGUAUUCUACAGUGAAUGGGACAUCCAAGUUCAUGUGGCCAACCACAUGCUGGGCUUACAAGUAUCUGGAUCACAUCACCAAAUAGAGGAAGGACUGAACCACGAAUGCAAGCUCUGUAGUCAGUCGUUCGACUCACCAGCGAAGCUUCAAUGCCACCUGAUUGAGCACAGCUUUGAGGGCAUGGGAGGGACUUUCAAGUGUCCUGUCUGCUUUACAGUGUUUGUUCAGGCCAAUAAGCUCCAGCAGCACAUCUUCUCUGCCCACGGCCAGGAGGAUAAGAUCUACGACUGCUCGCAGUGCCCACAGAAGUUCUUCUUCCAGACAGAGUUACAGAACCACACAUUGACUCAACACAGCAGCUAACAUGGCGGAGAUCAUCACUGUGGCCAACAACAAGGAUCACAUGAUGCGGAGAGUGUCUGAAACACCAAUUACCGUCAGUACAGUUUUCCACUGACUGUCUUGCACUGAACAUUCAAUUCAGUUACACCACAAGGAACCAUGCCACAGCAAAGAGAAAAAAAAGGCUAAGAAAAUAAAAGAAAGAGGGGGGAAAAGAACAUAAAAGAACCCUCCCCCUUCUUUACUGACCAUUAUUUCAAAAAUAAAGAAAAAGCCAACUUGUUUGUACAUAGAAUUCUUCAUGUGUUGCUUAACUACAGCUAUAUUGCAAUCUUAUACAGUAUUUGCCAAUGUACAGUUCAAAAUGUUUGUCCAACAAAAAAAAAAAAAAAAAACGGGAGGAGCAGAUCAGUGAUGUUGUUAGACAGACCAGAUGUGACUCAACCAGUUGUGUAAAGAAGAAAUAUGGUGCCUCAGAGAGUGUAGGGAACUGUGGAAACCGGCAAAUUUUGUCAGGAGGACUCUUUUCAUCAGCACCUCUCCCACUGCGCGGUAUGUCGCUCUGUGUCCUGACAUGGUCAAAUCAUUAUGGGCUAGGAAAGCUUGAUUCACCAGCAGAGGGCUGCGAUCUUGUCCGCGUGUCUGCCGUAACAUGGCUACCAGAGGACCGGCUGAGAGCGGCGGAGCGACUGAUCUGCGCUGUCCGUGCUGGGCUUUAGAUGAAAAAAGAAAAACAAGAGUAGAGAAGGGGAAAAAAAACAGGACAGGAUGCUGAUAUAUGCAAACGCAGUGACACAGAUUUGGAAAAGGCUAGUUCCUCUGGUUGGCUCGUGAACAGAAGCUCCCAUGUGGCUCCAAGAGCAUGGGGGAAAUCUUCAGCCCACUGACUCAACCUGUACAUUUCUGUUGUUAAUGUUUACUGCUCUUUGAAGCCUGGAGAUUACUGGAUUUUUUAUUAUUAUUAUUAUUAUUAUUAUUUUAUUUUAUUUUCUUUCUCUACUUGUUUUCACUAUAUAUGGGAGAGUAAAUCCACUUGGAUUUGGGAUCAUGGAGACUGAAUGCAAAUUCAGUCUUCCUGGCGGAUAUUCCCGAGCCACUUUGUCCCUGGCUCUCCUGGAGAGUGCCCGAGUGCUCUCCUUGUUCCUUUGCAGUAUCCCAUUGCUCUCCGCUCCAGCUGGACGCCGCUGUGGCGCUGUGGCAUGAUACAAAAAUCAUUCUGUUCUGUAAAUGUUUUGCAUUCAUUGAACCUGAGAUGCACUUUUGUAUGAAACUUUAAUGUUUUGACAUUUUGAUUGAGAAUUGUUCGUACACAGUUUACAGGAAAUCACCAUCUCCUGCAGCUAAAGGACAGUUAUCUCCGAUGUUAUUAAAAAUGUAUUGUACAAAUAUGGAGUUCUGUAUUUGGCAGACCUCGUUUUUUUGUGUUGCACAUGUGAUGGAAAUAUUAAAAACUGUAUGAGGAAA